AGUGGCCACUCAUUCUUAAGCCAGAAUGGUCAGUGAAGUGUUGCAAAAUUUUGGCAAUGAUGUUAAAAUAGCCAGACUUUAGGAAAGUGGAGAACUACAACACAAAUUUUUUUUUUUUCUCAAUCAAAGCACUUAAAAAUACUAUGAUUAAAUGAAUCAACAACAACAAAACAAUGUAUAUAGCUUACACAAGUAUAAGUUGUAUUUUAUGUAAUAUGAGUGGAGAACAAUCUGUAUAUAGACUUCAGUUUUAGGUUACUGUCAGGGGAAUAAUUUACAAUUAAUGGAGAUAUACACAUAUAUAAUUUAUAUUCUCUAAACAAACGGUAUUGAUCUGCUAUAUUUUUAAGAUAAAGUGCUAUGAGCAAAAAGUGGCAAGAACGUUCAACGAGCAUGACGUCAUGACGCUACGGCCAGCGGAAACACGUGAUUUUGACACCUUGUAGCGAGUUGCUAAAGCUGCUUCCCUUCCGAUGAUGUGAAACGUUUUUUUUUUGGAAACGAUAUUUCCCUUCUGCCAUUGCAACGAAUGCACUGCAGCCCGAUAUGAGCGCGGAUCUGGUGCAGCCCACAUGAGUUCCUCCUGCAUGGCCGUGCUUCAGUAAUGGACAGCGCCUCUGCUUGUCAAAGUAUCUGAAUGUCUCACGCCAUGAUGCUGUACGCCUUAUUAAGUUGUCUUUCUUUAAUUCUCGCUGGUCCAGCGCUGGGGGAUUCCGGUUUUGAACAACUGGACGGCGCACCGCCUUCUAAAAUCGCUGUUAUUGGUGCUGGAAUCGGGGGAACCGCGACAGCGCAUUUCCUGCGCCAGCAUUUCGGACCGGAAGUGCGCAUUGACGUGUUCGAGAAGCAGGAGGUCGGUGGUCGCCUGGCAACCGUCACCGUUAACAAUCAGGCUUACGAAACUGGCGGCUCCAUCAUCCACUCUCUCAACUUACACAUGCAGGACUUUAUGAAGCAGCUGGGGCUGAAAUAUCGAAAGAGUGUGGCGGGAAAGAUGGCUGUGUUUAACGGCAAGGAGUUCAUACUGGAAGAGACCGACUGGUACUUGCUGGAUUUGUUCCGCCUGUGGUGGCGGUAUGGCAUCAGCUUUAUCCGGAUGCAAAUGUGGGUGGAGGAAAUCAUGGAGAAGUUCAUGAGAAUCUAUAAAUACCAGGCUCACGGCUAUGCAUUCAGUACAGUGGAGGAGUUGCUAAAUUCUCUGGGUGGUUCAGGAUUUCUCAACAUGACCCGUCGCUCUCUGUCCGAGUCUCUGCUGGAGUUGGGUGUGUCUCAGCGCUUCAUUGAUGAAGUCGUGGCUCCAAUUAUGUGGGUCAACUACGGCCAAAAUGUCAGUAUGCCAGCAUUUGUUGGUGCUGUUUCACUGGCUGGUGCACAAACCAAUCUAUGGGCGGUGGAAGGAGGGAAUAAAUUAGUUUGUUCUGGACUUCUAAAACUAGCAAAAGCCAACCUGAUCCAAUCUCAAGUUACCACCAUCUCCCUACAGUCAUCAGGUGAAUCCCACCAGUACAAGCUCAGUUACAGCACUCAGGCUGAGAUUGCAUCAGAUAUCUAUGACAUAGUUAUCAUAGCCACUCCUCUCCAGCAAAAUGUCAACUCUGGAAUCUCUUUCCUCGGCUUUGAACCUCAGCUAGCAGACAUAACUGGGUCGUACCACACGAUGGUGGCCUCGAUUGUCCAUGGCUAUCUCAACUGCACUUACUUUGGCUUUUCUGACCCCAAGCUUUUCCCCUUCACAAGCGUGCUGACCACAGACACUGCUGAUCUCUUCUUCAACAGUGCCUCUAGCAUCUGCCCUGUCAACAUCAGCACUGGCUUUCGCCGUAAACAGCCACAUGAGGCCAGAGUCUACAAAGUCUUCUCUCCUAAACCACUGGAAAAGGAGGAGCUAAAGACUCUUUUUAAGUCUUACUACUCUGUGCAGGUCACUGAAUGGAAGGCAUACCCUCGAUAUGGAAGCUCUCAGGAGAUGUCACCUAUGAUCCUGCAUGACAGUCUUUACUACCUCAACGGAAUCGAAUGGGCAGCGAGUGCCAUGGAGAUGAGCUCUAUGGCUGCUAAGAACAUUGCGCUUCUGGCUUACCAUCGCUGGAGCAGGCAGCAUGAGAUGAUUGACCAGAAGGACCUCAUGCACAAGAUCAAGACAGAACUGUGACAAUUGUGUUCUGUAAAAAAAAAAAAAUCUUGCCAGCACUAGCUGAAGACUUUUGUGUUUGACCAUUAUAUAAAAUUGAUGGCUUUGAUUUGAAGCAUAUACAGUAGCGCUUUGCAGAUCUGUUACAAAAUUGUCCAGUGAUUGUUUUGAUGAGAUGGUUACUGCUGCAUUUUUAAAAGUGAUAAAGCUAAAGUGGAAACAGUACUGAUUUUAUUGACUUAAAUUUGUGGUUUGCUUGAGUGAUCUCUAGUUUGAAUAAAGAUUAUGGUUAUGCUGUACAUAA